AUGCAGAGGCUAGGUGACCACAGGACCACUGAGAACCAGAGUCAUUUCCAUGCAGAUCAAGGACCCUUCUCGAUGCCUGACACAGUCCUCAGGAUAGCACUCAUCAUCUCCUUGCUUUGUCUAUCUUUGUUUGGGAACAUAAUGCUUUUAGUGGUUUUUCAUCGAAAGCCCCAGCUACUCCAGGUGGCCAACCGAUUCAUCUUCAACCUCCUGGUGGCCGAUCUACUGCAGACAGUCCUGGUGAUGCCCUGUGUCAUUGUCACCUCCCUCCCGGAUAUUUGGCCUUUGGAACAUGGACUGUGUGGUGCGGUCGUGGUGCUUAUGCAUCUCUUUGCAUUUGCAGGCGUAAACACCAUCACGGUGGUUUCCGUCGAUAAAUACUUGGCCAUUAUUCAUCCAUUAUCCUACCCUACCAAGAUGACCCCAAAGAGAGGAAGCCUUCUCAUCUUCUUCACGUGGAUCCUCAGCGUCCUCCAGAGCACCCCUCCUCUUUACGGCUGGGGCAAAGUGGAAUUUGAUCUACAAAGCCACUACUGCAAAGUACUAUGGGCUUCGAGUUAUUCCUACACCAUGCUCAGUGCCGUAUUUUCUUUCAUCUUGCCAGUGAGCAUUAUGUUGGCGUGCUAUGGGAUGGUGUUCAGAGCAGCCAGGAGGCAAAACGCCUUGGUUCACCCGGUUCAAGCAAAUGGAUGUGACAGGUCAGAUGGGACAAGAUCGUCUGCAUUAAACGCACUUGACAAAACAAGUCAUCACAGACCGCUCUAUCACUGCAAAGCCGCCAAGGUUAUCUUUGCCAUUUUAUCAUCCUACAUAAUCAGUAUGGGUCCUUACAGCGUGCUGAGCAUCGUCUCCUCCUGCGCUGGCACCAUCAUCCCUAAAUGGGUGACAUCUAUAGUCAUUGUCCUCUUUUUCCUACAGUGCUGUAUACACCCUUAUAUUUAUGGAUAUAUGCAUAAAAGCUUGAAAAAAGAAUUCCUUUUGCUCUUGCAUGGAUUUUUUUGUAAGCAGGUGCACCCUCAAAACGCCAUAGUAGAUAGUUAUAUUAUAUUGACCGAUGGCAGAAUCUUUCAGUCUCACUUCUCUGCCGGACCUACCGUCAAAUUUCUCGAGGAAGAGACUACAAUAUCUGUAAUCACCGGCAAGAGUCUAAAUAAUCUUAAGAUAAAAGAUGGCAGGAAGGAAAGCAGUUCUGCCAAUAUAUCUCCCGAAAAACAGUCCAUUCAGCAAAAGACAGCCCCCGACUUACCGCACCUCAUUAGCUGCUAG